AUGACAUUAAAAAAUUUACCAAAAUUAUUAUCAACAAGAGAUUUGAUCAAGAUUUACAACUUAACGGCCAAGUCACAAUUAAGUCAGAAUUUUAUAUUGGAUAAGAAUAUCACGGGUGAGAUUUUAAGGUUGAGAGAGGGCGGAUGGAUAGCUGUUUAUCAUAAGAUUGUUAAAACUUCACAAAUUUGUUCUGACGAUGCACUCGUGGUCGAAGUCGGACCGGGUCCGGGCCUGUUGACGAGAUCGAUAUUAGAAACGGGUGUAUCAAACAUGGUAAUAGUGGAGAAGGACAAAAGAUUUUUACCCAUACUAACGCAAUUGUCCGAAGUAUCCAAAGGUGUUUUAAAAGUUCUCCACGGUGAUAUACUUAAUGUCGAUCACUCGUUAAUUCUUCAGGCGGCGAAUAUAACCGAGAUUCCAGUUGAAGGCGCCGAGGGUGAUAGAUUAAACUGUCGAGUUCAUUUGAUAGGAAAUUUACCGUUCAACAUAGCAAGUCCACUAUUGGUACAAUGGAUGAAAAUGCUUUAUAAUCGAGAGGGAAUAUUCAGGUUUCCGAGUGUUUCGAUGACUUUGAUGUUUCAGAAAGAGGUUGGAGAUGUAGGUAUAAACAUCGAAUAUUCAACAGAAUUAUUCCUGGUAUUAAUCCGAUUCAAAAAAUUUAAGAGAAUAGUGGCUGAUGUAGAGGAUUCUAGGCGAGGUCGAAAUUCGGUGUUGGUGCAAAGUCUGUGUGAAGCCAAGAAGGUUUACCAAUUGCCUUCGAGAGUAUUCGUUCCCGAACCAAAGGUUGAUGCGGUUCUAAUUCAACUAAAAUCUCUUCCGAAUCCCGUGUUGACCGUACCAGUAAAUGAAUAUGAAGAGGUAGUAAGGUAUUUCUAUGGAAAAAGACGAAAAACCAUUCACUCAGCUUUAAUUAAAUUGAAAUCGAAAAUUUCACCAGAAAAAUUUGAAUCACUAACAGAUGGCAUAGAAAAGUUAGAAAUAGAUUUGUCACUGAGACCUGAGAAAUUAACAUCGGAACAGUUUUGUAGGCUAACUAAAAUUUUUAUCGAAAAUUCUAUAAAAAUAUAA